AUGGACUCGACACAUGCCGACGUGCAUCCGCCCGGCGGCGCAUCUGCUGCCUCUGCCAAAGAAAAGGUGCCGGCUACUGAGACGACGGCGACAACAACAUACGUUUCCCCUCCGGCUGGAGAGAAGCCAGCGACUGCUUCCAUCCCUUCGAUAACAUCUGCUCCGUUGCCCGAUGCGCCAAAGCCUGCCAACGAAGAAGAUGAUCUGGCAACUAAGCUCCUCAGGUUCUUGUCGACCGCGACCCCCGAAACCCUCGGUGCCGUCGCCGUCGGCCUGGCAGCCUCGACCUACUUCAUACUUGGCAAGGUCGGACUCGUGCUCAUUGGCGCGUUUGGCGGGGUCGUCACCUUCAUCACAUACGAGGCGCGCCAUCCAGAGGUGUCGCGGGCUGUCAGGGGCGAGAAGGGCAUCGACAUCCUCCAACGCCUGGCGCUGGUUAAAAUCGCCGAACCGCCCAAAGAUGAUGCGGAAGAGGAGGAGCGGCUCAUACACGGCUUCGAUGACUUUCAGCCCGAGACCCGCGAGGCGUUGACUGGCCUGGUGGACGCCGUCAUCCGCGACUAUGUCAAAUGGUGGUACUCGCCCAUCCUUCCCAAUGACAGCUCAUUCCCUCUGUCCUGCAGGAGGCUCCUCAAUUCGUUCCUCCUCUCCGUCUCGAACCAUCUCCACCGCAAGCGACCUGCCGAUUCCUUUAUCGAUUUCAUGACCAACUCGUCGUCCAUGUUCAUUGUCUUCCUUUCCGAGCUAUCCUCAGCAUUUACCGAGCAGCACAAUGACUCCAAUUCGUCGGCUGUUGACAUCAUCGCCAAGUACCUCGAAGAGAACCCCAAUUCGAACCUGGCCAAUCUCCUGAACCAUCCACAGCAAGCAGCCAAGUUCCGCAACGUGGCAGAUGAUCUGCUCGGCUUCCUGGACCGGUCGGCGUACAAUUGUGACCCGGCGCGCGUGUUUUUGAGAGAGAUCCUGGCCGGUGUCAUCCUCGAGAUGACCUUGCAGUCAUGCUCGAAGCCGGAGUGGAUCAACGGCUGGAUCGUAUAUCUGUUGGAAGCUGGAGAGCCCGAUUUCAGUCAGGCCAUCGACGUUGGCAUGCAGACAGGACCUGAUGCUGCCAACGCCAGCAACGCCAGCAUCGCGAACAACAACAAUGCCUUCGUUGACAUUGACGGAAACCUCGGCAACAUUGCCCUGACCAAGGGAAACCGCAACUCACUGGACAUGGAGCGAGAACGUCGGAAAGGUUCGUUGGUGACGCACAGGAAGCAGCUCAGCAAGGCCGACGAAGAGAUGGAAGAGGCCAUGGAGGAGAUGAAGCGCAUGAACGCCUUGAUUGCUGAGGAAGAGGCUAAGAGAGCCAAGGCACGACAAAGCGUUGAUUUGGCACCAAAACCAACAGUACAGGCCACCGAGGACAAGGUUGUGUCCUCGCCCGGGGAAUUGUCGCCGAGAUCACUGUCUUCGGCAGAGAAGCCAUCCACAAGCGGUUCACAUGGUUCUAAUGGGUCUAACGGCUUCAUCAAGGACGACGGCCUGCACUCACCCGUCACGCCGAGAUCUCCUGCGGAUUCAUCCAGUCAGAAGUCGUCGCCGAACCACACGUCCAACGGGAGCGCAUCCCAGUUCCUGAAUUUCGACCAAAUUGUACCACCUGCCAAAGAAGAGCCUGAAGCAUCGGAAGAAGGCUCCCGCAAGCCCCCAUUGACACUUCACAACGCCACUAUUACUCUUUAUGAAGAUGGCAAUGACAGCAGUAAGAUUCGGAGUAAACCGACGUGGGAUUACAUGGUUCAGAUCGAGCCAUCGUCUUCCCACUAUCCUGGUUGGAUGAUUGUCAGGCAAUAUUCGGACUUUGAGACUCUGCACGAGAUACUUAGGCGCAUUGCAACGAUCUCGGGCGCGACAGCCUUUACAGAGCAGCAUUCCACGCUUCCCAGCUGGAAGUCGCACACACGGGCGUCGCUGCGCGGCGAGUUGGAACGGUACGUGAAGGAUGCCUGCUGGUACAAGCCCCUCGCAGAAAGUGAGGGUAUGAAGCGCUUUCUGGAGAAGGACUCAGGACAUGGCCACAGUAACUCCAAGUCUGGCUUGGCAUGGGAUACUGUCGGCAAGAACAUGUUGGACGUCUUGACGAUGGGUCCAAAGGGUGCCAUGGAGGGCGGCAAGGCAGUGUUUGGCGGAGUGACUGGCGUGUUCAACAACAUCGGCCUCGGUCCGAGAAAGAAUACGGCGUCUUCCCUGUCGGAAAUCCAAACAUCGAAUCGUUGGUCAACAGGAACACCACCACGGAUGGACAGCACCACCAGCCUCAACGCGGCAGUCACAUCACCAACCGGAGUGGGUCCCCGGAAGGGCAGGGACAGUCUAGACAGCCAGAGAUCCUCCAUCGUGUCGACCCAGCCUGGCAAGAUCGCUCCCAUGGAGCGACGGCCCAGCUACGAUCCGCGUGGAGACACCGAGGCGGACAGCCUCAAGCCUCGUUCUGAUCGCUGGGAAAGGACCUCGCCGAGCGCCACCGGCAGUCGCGAACAUAGUAGAGCUUCGAGCCUGGCGCCCUUGCAGUCGCCUGCCCUGCGGUCACCGUCUUCAACGAGCCUGGAUGUUAUGAACCUCCAGUACCUCCCACCGCCUCCGGAUGAGAUGCCCGAAGACUAUCAGUCCCCGACGCACGGGGACAUGCAGGCUCAAUUGAAAUCGACCGGGGCCGUUUCACCCGGCCUGCCGCAAACUCAGGCGAACAAGAAGGAGCCGAAACCCGCAAGACAGUACGCCCCAUUGUCCGAGCAAGAGGCGAACGUGGCCGUGGAGCUGGUCUUCGCCAUUAUCAAUGAAAUGUACACGCUCUCGUCUGCCUGGAAUAUCCGACGAACGCUUUUGGCCGCCGCAAAGUCGUUCCUCUUACGGCCCGGCAACCCAUCUCUGCUCUCGAUUCAGAAGAUGAUGCAGGAGUCGGUUAUUGACGCCAACACAAAGGACGAAGGUCUUGCGUACCACCUACGCAAGCUACGAGAAAACACGAUGCCAACUGACGAGGAGCGCGCUGCGUGGCCAGCCGAGAUGACGGACGAAGAGAAGGAGAAGCUGCGCGUCAAGGCGCGCAACUUACUCAUCAAGCGAGGUGUCCCGGCUGCUUUGUCUGGUGUCAUGGGACAGGCGGCGACGACCGACGCCCUUGGGCGCAUCUUUGACAGCCUUCAGAUCGAGGAGGUGGCGCGAGGCUUCAUGUUUGGCAUGAUGCUUCAAGCCGUCCGGGUCGUCACCCACUAA